AUUCAAAUCGUUUGCAAAUCUUGACUCUUUGAAUACACAUAGAACAGCAGAACUGAGCAACCAAAAAUGUCGAAUGUGCUCAAAGUCAUCAAGCACCAAGUGCAUUCGACCCUCCACUCGAAAUCGUCCUCAUCGCACCGCACCAACAAUGGAACGAGCAGCGAUCACCACCACCAGCAGCAUCACAAUCGCCAUGGAGAGGAAGACGGACGCGAGCGCAGUGGCAGCAGCACGCUGAGCCAGAGCGACUCGGAGUCGGACUUGCCGCUGUCCACCUCAGCCUCAGCCUCGACCACCUCAACCACCACAACCCACGCCAACAAGGCAUCCUCAUUGGCGUCGGUGUCGUCGUCAUCGUCGUCGUCAUCGUCGUCGUCAGCGUCCUCGGCCAUCCCGUUCCUGAUGCAGUUCACUCCGAAUGCGUUGCGUUCUGCCGCAGUCGCCUCGUUCAAGUCCAGCAACAAUGCUGCUGCUGCUGCUGCUGCUGCUUCUGACUCUGGUGCUGGUGCUAGUGGCGGUCAUCAUCCUCAUCAGCAUCAGCAUCAUCACUCGUCCUCGUUCGGACUGCCGCACUUUACGCGCUCCAAACGCAGCAAUUCAGAGACAAAGGUGAAAGUCAAAACUGCGUCGCCAGCAGUGCCAUCGGUCAUCGCUGCUCCCGACACCGACACCGACACUCCUGCGUCUGCGUCUGCGUCUGCGUCUGCGUCUGCGUCUGCUUCAGACGGCGGUGCGGACGCUGGUACUGCUGGUGCCGUUGGUGCCUCAGGUGAUGCGACCGCUGCAGCGCUGCGCAAGGGCAGUUUGGCCGUCCCGACGUCAUCCGAUCCCAGUGCUGCUGCUGGUGCUGCUGGUGCUGGUGCUGGUGCUUCGAGUAGCCCACUUGCAGUGCCAACCCGUGCGCGCGCAUUCACAACUGGAAGUCGCAGUCCCAUUGCAGGAGCAUCGCCCAAGACAGGCACAACGCCACUCACGCUCUCGCCGUUCGGAUCAACCGAGUCGAUUGGCAUUGAGCCGUCCGUGCUGUAUCGGGAGAUGAUCAAUGCGGUCGUCAGCAGUCUCGGUGCUCGCACUGAAAUCCCGCAGCCGUUGCUGCUCGACACCAUUCGCAAGGCGUUCGACAUGACUGAGACUGCUCAUCAAGCUGCAGUCGCAGAUGCCACCAAGCGCGCACUCCAGUCUGGAUCGAAAACUUUCAAGCAGGCGCACGUGCAUGUUCACGUGAUUGGCGGUCGCCAUCUCGCGGCCAAAGAUCUAUCUGGCAGCUCCGACCCGUUCUGUUUGGUGGGCCUGACUACCGGCGACAGCUCCGACUUGAAUGAAAAGAAGUCAUUCAAAACCAAAGUUGUCAAGCAGUCUCUCAAUCCGCAGUGGGAUGAAACGUUUCACUUUGUUGUCCCGGAUUUAUCAAAGUGCAACCUCGUUGUCAAAAUGUGGGAUUGGGAUGAAAAGACCAUCCUUUCCAGGGCAAACGUAUUUGCCAAAGUCCUGCGGCGCAGCGACGACGGCAACGACUUUAUGGGCCAGAUUGUGCUCCCGCUCUCUUCCGUCAACCUGAGUGGUUACGAAGGAUGGCUUACGCUGACCAAGCGCUCCGUCAUUUCCAGCAUCUCGGGCGAAGUUGGGCUGAAAGUCUGGUUUGACUUUUUGGAUACCGAUGCAGACACUUCCAUGGACUGGAUUAGUGUGCUGCGCAACGUUGAACACUUGUUCGCAGCGGCUCCAAGCACGUCGGGGUCGAUCAUCUCGAAAGGCGUGUUUUCCGACCAUGCCGAAAACGUGCUGCGUCUUUUCUCGCUGACUCACGGCCUGACCUUGCUACAUCAGAAUAUCAUUCGCGCCGGAACUCUGGCAACAUUGCUCGCAGACCAACAAGCAGUGUACAAACCGUUGAAUGAGCUGCUUUUGACAAUCAAUGCCAAGAAGGACGAGCUGAAAGAUCUCAACAUUGGCGAUGAGCAACUCUUGAUUCGCGCCAUCAUGACUGCUCAAGACGCCUUGAUGACUGCAUUCAACAAGCAUCGCGACUACUUUUCACCAGACUCGAUCACCGUGUCGUACGAUUUGAGCGCUGCUCUCACCCUCGUCAACACAAUCUAUGGGCUUGACAUCUUCCAGAGGACCUUCCCAGGGCGCAGUCUCAUGGCAGAUUUAACCGAGCAUCUCAAGUGUGGUGUGGAUCGCAUCUACAACAGAAUUGAGGCCUUGAAUGAGUCCAUUCAUGAAUCUAAAGAAUCCAAACUACAGGCGGGUAUCAACAUUACCCUCGCAAUUGAAGGCGAGCUCAAGCACGUCAUGAGCAUUUACGGGCGCGCGCUGCAGAGCACGGUGCCGAAUGCUACGUCCCUCAUGGUCCUCGAGUACGCCUCGCGCCACAGUAAAUUCGUGCAGUCCGUCGUGAUCCAUGACGCCGAGCACAUCACGGCCGUGUUUCAACUGUACUUUGCGAUCAAGCGCUUACUGGACGGGCCGCUCAAGUUGCUGACGCCCGAGCAGCAACAGGAAACCGGCUUUGCCUCCUUCCACGAAUGGUUUGCUGCUGCCGUGACCACUUGGAUUGAAAUUACCCAGACACGGAUGAAUGCCUGGAUUUCCAGUUCGGUUCAGCACGAUCAGUUUGUGAAAGUGGAGAAGGCGCUUUACUCUUCCUCGGUCGUCGAUGUCUUUAACAUUUUCUCGUCGAUUCUUGCCUUCUUGAAUGAUCUGGGCUGGCCUGAUCCAGAAUUCCGCUACUCGCUUUUGAUCACACUCACCAAAACAAUUUCGGAAGGCGUUCGCUUGUACGCGGAUGAGCUCAGUGAUGAUGUUAUUCGAAAGGGAUUUUACGAUUUGGAUGGUCAAUUUGAUGUCACGCCCGAGCUGUGCUGCACGCUGAAUAAUAUCGAGCAAGCGACCCAGCUUCUGAAUGACAUGUACCAGAGCAUGGAAGUGGAUGCACUGGUAGCUCAACUGCGAGCCGACGGAAAGGCGUCGUCCAACACCUCUCCCAUCCGGAUGUUGCUGGACGAUACGAACGAGUAUCUUCAGAUUGUGCUCACCCGUUUAACGAGCAUGGUCGCCGAUCGGAUGUCACCGGAUAUCAACAACUACUUGCGCGUCACAGCCUGUGUCUCCAAGCCCUCGGCUUUCUCGUUCUCAAGCUUCUUCUCCUCGUCGAAGAGCGAGGCAACGGGCGACGUCAAGCUGUCGCAGGUCGUUCCGACCAAGGUGGUCAAUGUAACAGACAAUGAGGUUCGAAACGCUCUGCAGCCUCUUCUGGACUACUUGAACAGCAACCUCGAAACAACCUCCGACCGCCUGUUCUUUGUGGUCUUCCAAGGCAUUCUGCGUCAUUUGUGGAACCGCGUCGUGGGCAACGUCUGUCACUUGCUGAUCCCGCAAGCAAUGCAGCGCUCCACAACGGCGGACGCCACUGAAACGGCCACCCAAACGGCGCUCCGGCGCGACAGCAGCCACCAUCCGACGGCGACGCAGACGACGACCGACGAGAUGCAAGCGCCCUUGUCGGAGCAUCAAUGCCGUGUGCUUGAAAAGUCUCUCGAGGUUUUGCAAGGUUUCUUCCACGCCGAAGGCGAUGGUCUCUGUCAGGACGAGCUCGGUGGCAGCUCAUACCAACAUCUGAAGCACAUCAUGCACUGGUACGUCGCCAAGACCGAGGAUGUCGUGGUUCAAUUCCAGCUGCUGCUCGCCCAUUGGCAAACCCUGACCCCUCAAGGCCUGGGUCGAGUGCAGCUGGAGCUGACGCUCGAUAACGCAUCGACGCCCGCCAAACUUCUUGUUCAUGUUCUCGACGGAUUUGCGUUCCCGCCGAUGGAUCCCGAUGGCAAAGCUGACCCAUACCUCAUCCUGACGCUGUCGCGGGUCGGUGACACCAAGUCUCCCGCUGUUCAGAAAACGCCCGUCCAAAAGACGACGCUCAACCCUCACUUUAACACCAAGCUGUCAUUCCCAUUGACCAGCGCUGCCAGCGACUUUGAUCUUGGUUCCACCGUGCUGUACAUCCAAGCGAUGGACUAUGACCUGUUGUCAGCCGACGAUGCGAUUGGCGAGGCGCUUCUUCUUCUGCCUGCCGAUCUGGCCAGCAAAGGAUCAAAACGCUUGGACGUUUCAUUCACACGCUUGCCACUCGGCGAUGACCAGGAGGCCUUGUUCUUGUCGUUGCUCGACGUUGCCGUGCACGCUGGUGCUGACGUUUCUACCAUUCGCGAGGACCUUCUGACGCUCUCGCAGCAAGCCUUUGUCAUGUUCCACGUCCUGCAGCAACGUUCAUUGCAUGACAAGGUGGCCAGCCAGUUCCUCAAGAAACGACGCGAGAUGGCGAGCGCGCCUCACCCCGAUGCGCUUGCCUCCGAGCGCGUCGACCCUCCGCCAGCGCUUUGAGGCGGUUUGUUUGGUGCCCGUGUUUAUGAGGGCAUAGCUGCUUCUCGCAUGACAGCCAUUCAAAAACAAGUCGCGCUCGCCCACUCUCGCAAUGUUGCAACCAGCCUGCGCGCAAAUGCAGAUUAGGCAAUUCUAUUCCUGUACAAUUCAAUCACAUGUUGUUUGCUCGAAUA